AUGUCGGCGCCAGGUGGCGCUCCUAGUCCUGCGCCUAGGAGUGGCAGCAUGGGACCUGGCGCAAGUGGUAACAGCAUGCCUAUGUCGCAACAACCUAUAUCUGGGGCUCCAGCACCUUCUCCAGGACCUGCACCACCUCAGAGUGGUGCCAUGUCACAGCAAAAUCUAAAUCAAAUAGUAUGUAUCCACAAGUGA